CAAGCUCAAGAUGGCGGGAAGUCAAGAAAAUGUGAUACAAAUUUAGUCUUCUCAAAUUAAAUGAUUACCUGAAAAUGGCGGAUAUCAGGUCGUUUUUUAGUCCUAAGGGCCAAAAACAACAACACAGCUCGGGCAGCAAUGGCGCGAAGAAGGAAAUUCCAACAAAUAAAUCAAGAAAUAYGCAAGGAAAUAAACGGUUGUCUAACUCCCCAGACCGUUCCAAGACGAAGGAUAACAAAAAAGAAGAAAAGAAGAAAGCAGCAAAACGAACAAUAGUGAUAUCAGAAAGCGAUGAAGACGAUACAGACUUUAUAAAGAAAAAGCCCAAAAAGACAAAGAAAAAACAUGAUUCAGAUUCUGAGGAAGAUCCUCUUCCAGAAGAUUUGAGGAAAAGUGGAAAGAAAAAGAAAGAUUUAUCCAAAUCAAAGUACAAAAAGUCGUCUUACUUUGAUGAAUCAGCAGGUGAAGACGAUGAGGCCCCCCUGAAGAUUAAAAAGUUAUCCAAGUCAGAAGAAAAAUUAAGCCAUAAAGAGUUAAAACAAACACAACCUGACAAGAAACUAAAGCCAGUUACACCUAAAAAGCAAACAGUUAGUGUUGAUGAUUUCUUUGGUUCUGCUCCAAUACACAGAUCCACAGGAAAACCAGCCAAGAGAAAACAGCCAUCAGAAAGUGACACACCAGAUAAGAAAGAAUCUUGUAGCUCAUCACUUUCGAAAGAGUCAUCACAUGAAAGUUCUCAGCCAAACAAGAAGUCACCUAAAAAGAAAGAGCCAACUUUAUCAAAUAAGCUUGCAAAAGCUGUUGCUACAUCAAAACCUCCAGUUUCUGAAACAGCAUCUCCAAGUAAGAAAGAUGUUGGUCCAAGAAAGAUCCCCAGUCCGACAAAACCAGAUUCUCCAAAGAAGAAGGCUGUCACCCCACAAAAGCAAGCAGCACAAUCAGAAGAUGUUAUCCCUCCUUCAUUGGAAAAAAAGAAAUCAAGUUACAGAAGUUUCAUGCAGAGAGAAGGACCUAAGGCACUGGGAACUAAAGAAAUACCAGAGGGACAAGAAAACUGCUUUGAAGGGAUGACAUUUGUUAUCACUGGGGUCUUAGAAUCAAUAGAAAGAGAACAAGCACAGGAUAUUAUUCAAAGAUAUGGUGGCAAAGUUACAAGUGCUGUCAGCAAAAAGACCUCUUACUUAAUAAUUGGGAGAGAUCCUGGAGCAUCAAAGACGUCCAAGUGGAAUGAUAUCCAAUACCCAUGCUCUAAAAGUGCUUAUCGAGAUGCUUCAAAACAUAUCCUUAUAAUGGAUGAAGUGGAUGGAAUGGCUGGUAAUGAGGACAGAGGAGGAAUGCAGGAAUUAAUAUCACUCAUUAAAGGAAGUAAGAUCCCCAUUAUCUGCAUGUGUAAUGACAGAAACAGUCAGAAAAUUAGAAGUUUGGUGAACUACUGCUUUGAUCUCAGGUUCCAAAGGCCCCGUGUGGAACAGAUUAAGGGUGCAAUGAUGUCUAUUGCUUUUAAAGAAGGCAUCAAGAUUCCUCCACCAGCAAUGGAUCAGAUCAUUAUUGGAGCCAACCAAGAUAUUAGACAGGUACAAUUAAAACAUUUUAUGACAGUAUUGAUGCCGGCUCCUUGUAUCUCUGAAAUUCAUGUAAUAUGCAAUAAAUUAUCAUUAGAAAUAUAUUAUAAUUKCCAUCAUCGUCAUAAUGAAUAUUUAAUGUACAAUAGUACAAGCAUUUGGGUGCUCGGUUAUUAUUACGUUGUAUGUUUUUCUUCUAGAGGAGACAUUAAGAAAUGCCUUGACCUUGUUAGCAAAACUGCUGACUCCAUAUGUGAUGGUGACCUUGUUGAGAAACUGAUAAGAUCCAAUAAUAACUGGUCUCUUCUUCCCAUGCAGGGAAUCUUUUCCAGUGUUAUCCCUUCCCAUUACAUCAGCGGAGGAAUGGAUCAAAGAAUAGAUUUUCCACAAUGGUUGGGAAAAAAUUCAAAACGCGGAAGAUUGGAUAGGAUUCUACAGGAGCUACAAACUCACAUGAGGCUCAGCACCUCUGCAGACAAGGCGUGUGUCAAUCUUGACUACAUCCCACAUCUAAGAAACAGUCUUACUCUGCCCCUUAUKGAUGAGGUCAAUUCCAAAGAGGGUGUGUCUGAUGUCAUCAAGUUACUUGGUGCCUACGAUUUAACAAGAGAGGACUGGGACUCUAUCAUGGAAGCUGGCCAAUUUGAGGGUCACAGAGAUCCUAUGUCUAGAAUUCCUUCUAAGGUAAAGUCUGCCUUUACGAGAACUUACAACAAAGAAUACCAUAAAACGCCRUAUGUAUUGAAAGCACCGCCGUCCAAAUCACGUGGUAAAAGUACUGCUGCUAUCAGUGAUUCUCUGGGUCUUGAUGAUGAAGAGUUAGAAGAGGAAGACGACAGUCUUGAAAAUAGUGCAAUGUUAGUUAAAAACAAAAAGCCARCCAGCAAGGUAAAGACAGGCAAAGGGMAAGAAGYUAAGGGAAAGGGCAAAGGAAAAAGUUCAAAAUCAUAACUUCAUAAUGUCAAUGCUUGGAGAUAAUUAAACUCUUUCAAGAUAAUUGAUUUAUUAAGGAAAGUUAUGAAAAUAAAAUUAAUAACAC